AUGGAAUGUGACAACAAGAGAAAGCAGGCGGCAUCAGGAUCGCAUCCACCUGACCAGCCAGACCCGGCUCUCUAUUACCAGCAGGAGAGCAUCAUGUUUCGACUCCCCCAAGAGCUUCGUCUUGAGAUUUACUCGCACCUCUUCUCUUCGACAAGCCUUCAAUGGACUGUUAGAAAGACUGAACAGGCCUCCGGUCCGAAAAGCACACCUCUGCAAACUCUCGCCCUCGUCCGAGCUUGCCGCCGAAUCAGAGACGAAAUUAGCGAUAGCUGGAUCAGCCAGAUUCACUUGACCUUCAAGACACCCGAGGCCAUGCUUGAUGUAUUAACGGAAUUGCCUGUCUCAACUCUGUCAAAGAUUAGACACGUGCAAGUCACUGCCAAGCCUGUCUUGACCGAGUCGCCACCAAGGAGAGACAUUUUUUGUUCCUAUUUUCUGGGUUCCAUGUUCAAACUACUCCCAGGGCUCCGUCUUGAUACGCUCACGGUGCAUGGCACCAACACCGUGCUCAUGUGUAUAAAUUACCUAAUUUUGAACCAUCUGAUCUCGGGAAGCUGUGGCUGGAAGGAACUUUACUACAUCACCCGCGAAUCGGCAAUGAUUGGAUCUACGAUCGAAGGGAUUAUGAACCGUCCACAGCCAGAAAACUGGCAGCGCAUCAUGAAUGAGAGGGAUGGCGAUGAAACCAAACCCACUGUUAUCAUCUAUCGUCCUAAUCAGUGCGUCGUGUCUAGCGUGAUCCUGGAUCACGACGCCUGCGCAGUGUGGGAGCGAGACAUGCCCAGCAACUGGUUAGAUGAACUACCCGUUGACACCGAGGAAGAAAAAACCCUGUUCAAGGACGAAGAGCGUGGAGAAGAGAUGAUGGUGGUUGUCAAGAGGGGCUUUAGCGUUGACUACGAGGAGACGGAGGGAUCGCCGCUCCUGGAGGACGACAUCCGUAGGGAUGGUCCAGGAAUGACGUGGAAAGAGAUCCAGGGCAUCGAUAUGGAGGCGCCCGAAUUUCUUGUACGCUGGCUUCUUGUAUUCGCAGUACAGAUGGGACUUAGAACAAGACGACUGAUGCGGGACGAAGAUGAUGAACUGACAGGCUUAAUAGAGUCUUUACUCAGCUAA